AUGGCGCCAGAGAAAGCGCUCCCGGUCGAGAGCUUGUUGCCAUUCAAUGAGCCGCGCAUUUCCAGUGGACGAUCGAUAAGUCGGACCAGCCCGAUCGAUCACUCAAAAUCAUACGAUCAGUCGCCUGAAAGUCCUGAGGAAGAUUACCAGUCAGGAAACGAAACCGAGAAACCUAAACGCCAGAAACGCUCUCGUGCUUGCAUCGCGUGUCGUAACAUGAAGAUUCGAUGUCUUCCCAUCGAGGGCCAAGAAUCUUGCAGCAGCUGUGCCAAAGUCAACAGAGAAUGUGUCAUGCCUGGACCUCCUCGCAAGCGCCAGAAGACUGUGCAUAAGGUUGCGGAGCUCGAAAAGAAAAUCAAUGCUUUGACGGACGCCUUGUUAGCUAAAAGUCAGCAAGCAGAGACAACUCCGACAGAUUCCUCAGAAAACCCGCAAAGUGGAACAUCGAUUGCAGAGCCAGCCAAGACGGAUGCUACAUCAGUUGACGAUCAAGUCCAUAUGCAUGAUCGUUACGAACGCAACUUUCUAGAUCAAGCAUUCCCCGAUGCAUCGACCAAAGAGUUCAACAAUAUGUCGUGCGUUCCGAGCCAUGUCGAGGCUCUUGCCAAAGAUCCCUACGUGGAUGUUAUCGAGCGAGGGGAUUUGUCAUUAGAAACUGCUACGGCAAUGUUCAGGUACUGGUUACAGAAAAUGUGCGCAUCUACUCCUCAGGUGAUUUUUCCUCCCGGGACAGAAAUGCAAGAUGUUCGGGGCCGGAGACCGAUGCUCUUCCUCACGAUAAUGACAAUUACAAGUCCCAUGAUCCAACCAGCAGCACAGCCCGCACUCACUAUUGAGCUUCAUCGCCAGCUCGCUGAGCGAGUAUUAUUUCAUGGUGAGAAGUCGUUGGAUCUGGUUCAAGCUCUUAUUUUGAACUGCCAGUACUACAUGAGGCCGCGGACCGCACGCGAUAUGUCUUUCAAUCAAUCCAUCCAUUCUGCCGCUGUUAUGUGUCUAGAGAUGGGCAUUGGGAAAAGAAGCGCCUCUGAACGCAGUAGGUCUCCAAUCGAAGAUCUUGAACUUCGUCGAACAUGGUUAGCAUGCUAUCAAGAAGCUUCAGUCGUGUCGAUUCUCCUUCGCCUACCAUCACUCAUCAAGUACUCGAAACAUAUUUCUGAGUGUCUCAAAUAUGUGAGCUCCAGCCCUUAUGCGCAACCUAGCGACAAAUGGCUUUGUGCACUUGUGCGCUUGCAACGCCUUCUUGAGGAGGUUGCGGUGGCGUUUGACAUGGAUGAUCCUGCCGGCAAGAUCAACUUCUUAGAAGCCAAAACUCAGUAUCAGCUGAAGAUCUUCGAAAGGCAAUUGGAAACGUGGAGACAGGAAACAGAUGUCCCUGUUGACAAAUCCCUAGUUGAACAUACCGCCGCUUGUGCGACCCUUUACAUUCAUGAAAUCGCCAUUCAUGUGGAACACAACAUCGAUGAUUUUCGACCUGGAGCGUUGCCUCUCAACCUCUGCAAAUCCAUUGAAUUUGUUACGUCUGGUCAUAUCGAAGCUCUCUCGAUUAUCCUUACUGCCUGUCACACGGUUCUAGAUAUUUACAUAUCGUUCGACGUCGAGUUUGCACGUUCCUUACCCAAUCUAAUCAUGGUCUGGAGCACAUACGCGGUAGUUGUUUUGGUGAAACUACAUUGGAUGGUUUAUGAUCCGGUAUCGAAAUUUGGUUCCGUAUUUCUGGCUGACCUCAAGACCGAGUAUUACCUUGAUGCAAUGUUGAAAAAAUUGGCCGAGGUCUCUGAAGGAGGUCGUGGGCCCUGCGCGGAAGCAUUUGGGUUUGUCUACCAAAAACUCAAGAUGUGGCAUACGCACCGGGCCGGACGGUUUACUGAUGAAGAAAAACCAACUGGUGGUGAAGCACAUCAACAGCGACAAGCAGCCAGGAUUUUGAUGGGAACUCCUGCAUCCAUAAUACAUUCCACCUCGGACGAGGCCAUGCGCAACAUGGACGCUGGACACUCAAACGCCGAGAUUCGUAAUACUUCGAUACCGAAUAACGCAGGUGAGAAAACGGCUCUCCAGUCAGAUCUAAAUGCUGCAUAUGAUGCUGCGAGCUAUGGUAAUACGGAUUGGGACCAAUUUACUUUUACUGUAGAAGAGCUUAACAUGAUGGACCUUUACAUGUCAAAUGGCUCUGGCUGGAUGGGCUAUUUGAUAUAG